AAACUGAACAUCGUAGGUCUGCUGAGUGCAUGCUAUGGCCGUUUAGAGAAACGUGGAAAUAUAUUAAUCGCGCCAAGUCAUGCUGGAUGCUAGCAGGCCGACAUUUGUAUAUCUGGAUCACGUGAUCUCAAGUCGUAGCGGUCGGCGGAAAGUUGCUCGUGAGCCACGCCCCUCGACGAAGACUGAUGGAGUUGACGUGACCGCCGAGAUGGAAGUGGGCCGUGAGGACUUCUACAUCGGCCUCUCUCUGGCCGUGUCCUCCAGUCUUUUUAUCGGCGCUAGUUUCAUUCUGAAGAAGAAAGGCCUGCUGCGAUUGGCCAGCAAGGGAUCCACACGAGCAGGUCACGGCGGCUAUGCAUACCUCAAAGAAGGGCUGUGGUGGGCGGGGCUUAUUUCAAUGGGAGCAGGAGAAGCCGCCAACUUUGCGGCGUACGCGUUUGCACCAGCUACGCUUGUGACUCCUUUAGGAGCUUUGAGUGUGCUUGUAAGUGCCGUGCUUUCCUCUUACUUCCUCUGCGAGAGGCUGAACUUGCACGGCAAAAUCGGCUGUUUGCUGUGCGUACUGGGCUCCACCGUCAUGGUGGUCCACGCCCCCCAGGAGGAGGAGGUGUCGUCCCUCAGCGUCAUGGCGGAGAAGCUUAAAGACCCAGGUUUCAUUGUGUACGCUGUGUGCGUUGUGGGAAGCAGCCUGGUUCUCAUCUUCGCCGUGGCGCCACGCUUCGGACAGAAGAACGUGCUGGUCUACAUCCUCAUCUGCUCCGUGAUCGGCUCCCUGUCCGUGUCCUGCGUCAAGGGCCUGGGCAUCGGAAUCAAGGAGCUCUUUACCGGCACGGCCGUGCUGAGGGAGCCGCUCUUCUGGUCCCUGCUGGUGUGCCUGGUGGUGUGCGUCAGCAUACAGAUCAGCUACCUGAACAAAGCCCUGGACAUCUUCAACACCUCCAUCGUCACGCCCAUCUACUACGUCUUCUUCACCACCUCCGUCAUGGCGUGCUCCGCCAUCCUCUUCAAGGAGUGGCUGAGCAUGAGCCUCAACGCGGCGGUGGGCACCAUCAGCGGCUUCCUCACCAUCGUGCUGGGCAUCUUCCUGCUGCACGCCUUCAAGGACAUCGCCUUCAGCUGGGACUCCAUGCCACUCUACCUGAGGAAAAGUGGGGGCUCCCAGCCUUACACGGCGCUCGCUGGCCAAACGGGGGAGCCGCCUUUAGAGGGAGGAGCCGUGGGUGGGCGGGCCUCAUGGAAACAGAAAGCUCCCUCCUUACAGUAGAACAAAUUUCUAGAACAGUAGUUCUCAAACUUGACAACUCAAACACUUUGCUAUACAAGGACCACUAUUAAAAUACAGUAGUGUAGUAGGCUUAAGUAUUCAUUGAACACGAGGCAGAUGUUUUAUUUAACAAGUGUUAGUGCGUCCGCCUCACAAUACAGAGGUCCUGGGUUCGAUCCCGCGCUCAAGAUCUUUCUGUGUGGAAUUUGCAUGUUCUCCCCGUGACCGCGUGGGUUCACAGGGAGUCCUCCAAAAACAUGCACCUGGGGACAGGCUGAUUGGCAACACUUAAAAAUUGGCCCUAGUGUGUCUAUUUUGGCCCUUUGACUUGUCCAGGGUGUACCCCGCCUACCGCCCGAAUGCAGCUAGAUAGACUCCAGCGACCCCAAAUGGGACAAGCGGUAGAAAAUGGAUGAAUGCACAGUUUAAACAGUAAAGGUGCGUUUAUCAAGUGAUUCUUUUGGCAUACCACUAGAUGGUGCAAGUUUGAGAAUUACUUUUCUAGAAUGUAAUUUUUUUAAUCUCAUGAGCACACUCGAUUACUUACACUUUGCAACCUUUCUUUAAAUAUGGGUCUCCACUUAAAUAAUUGCCCUGCCUCAAAUAAUUACUCACUUAAAUGCCUUUUAUGCCCCUAAAAUAACAGAGGAUAUUGCUAUGUUGCUGUAGUUAUAUUUACAAUAAGUGUGUUUAGUAGACACCUGGUACUCUCGGCAGUUAAAAAGCGUCUAUUUCCGGGUUGGGGAGGAGACCCUGCCCUAAGUACCUCGGAUUCUGGUCCACGAGUGAGGGAAGAGUGGAUUGUGAGAUCGACAGGUGGAUCGGUGCGGCGUCUUCAGUAAUGCGGACGCCGUAUCGAUCCGUUGUGGUGAAGAAGGAGCUGAGCCGGAAGGCAAAGCUCAAUUUACCGGUCGAUAUACGUUCCCAUCCUCACUUAUGGUCAUGAGCUUUGGGUUGUGACCAAAAGGACAAGAUCACGGGUACAAGCGGCCGAAAUGAGUUUCCUCCCUUGGAGAUUGGGUGAGAAGCUCUGUCAUCCGAGGGGAGCUCAAAGUAAAGCCGCUGUUCCUCCACAUCGAGAGGAGCCAGAUGAGGUGGUUUGGGCAUCUGGUCAGGAUGCCACCCGAACUCCUCCUUCGGGAGGUGUUUAGGGCACGUCCGACCGGUACGAGGCCACGGGGAAGACCCAGGAGACGUUGGGUAGAUUAUGUCUCCUGGCUGGCCUGGAAACGCCUCGGGAUGCUCUGGGAAGAGGAAAGUCUAGGCUUUACUGCUUAGGCUGCUGCCCCCGCGACCCAACCUCAGCUAAGCAUAAGAUGAUGGAUGGAUGAAUAGAAGUUCUGCUUCUUUUUUAAAUGUGUUUUGCAUUUUUUAAUCAUUAUUGGUACACGCCACUGUAUUUCUAAUUUAGCCCCUUCAAUCACAAAUGCAACCACUUUGGAUGAAUUCUGGUCCUGAAUUUCCCCCAGGGAUCAAUAAAGUACUUUAUAUUUUA